AUGCGUAACACCGAAGAACAAGGGCGCCAAAACCAGGUCUUGCCAGAGGCCGAAGCUUCUACGAGCAUACAGCGGCGGGCAGAGAGCCAGGUUCCGGCGAACCAAGAGACAUCUUCUCUAUCUCUCCUGAAACUUCCGAAUGAGGUCCUGUGUGGUAUAACGGGCUAUUUGGACUUACCAGAGCGUAUGCUUUUGGCAUUAACCUGCAAAUUCCUCAUGUCGCUCGCUUCCCCCGAACGCAGCCUACCACGUCUUGAUCCCCCCGACAAAAGGAGAUUCCUUCUCGCUCUGCAGAGGGACAUUCCGAAAACCUUUCUCUGCCCUUGGUGUUCGAAACUGCAGAGAUUAAACCCCGAGGUCAACUGGACGAGCCAAGGUCAUUACAUACGGACCAUCUGCUCGUUUAGCGCAUACUUGCCGAAUUCUAUGUGGCGAAACCGCCAUUUUGAACCUCAAAGGCACAUCAUCUUCCCGAACGAUUGGCAGGCCUUCAUGAGUCAUGGCUAUAUUCGCUUCAUGGAUGCACAUUUGAUCAUGAAUCGGCAUUUCUACGGCCCUCUACGCGGCAUAUCCCUCCGACACCUAACGCGUUGCGCAUCGUUUGAGACUGAGCUCGAGCUGGAUAGAUGCUUACACGGCUUGCUCCCUACUAUCGAAACUAGAUGGAGAGCCAAGCCCAAUGCUGAAUCAGCUGAAGAACCUACUUUCGACUGGAUCCCUGUAGAGCAGCCGCGGAGAAACGCAGUGUGGAGAUUUUCCCUUCGAUAUAGCCCCAAGAUCAUCGAUGAUAAACUGUACUUGGCCCGUUCAUUUACGUUUGCUGGGCCUAACGUACCUUGGGACCAUCUCGCACGGCUAAUGAACAGUAUAAAGCCGAAAGUCUGCAACCACAUGAGCUGCAUCAUUGUAAUGCACCCGGUAUCUCCCAUGUAUUUUCAAACUAUUCCAUGUGGUCGCGCCGAAGAAUUUGACUUUGAAUUUUCUCCUGCAAUAAAAAGCAACUGGAAAGCAUGCGGCUUCAAUCCAGGAAUGGGAUCAUGCUUGAUCUGUAAGACAGACUACGAUGUUUCGCUCACACAGAACUUUCUUGAAGAGGAGUGGAGAUUCAGUUGCAACACGUAUCACUGCCUCGGGCCAUGUCGAGUUAUAACGGACCCUCUUUGGGAUUGGUUUGUUUUUACUGAAGGUGAUAGGGAUCGGCUCUUGCCUUUUCCCUUUUCGCCAUAUACUGAAGUUCGAGCUUUUACGGAUGAUGGUAACGAGUUGGUAUUUGGACAUUCCUCAACGAAUGGUGAAGCUCGGCGGAAAUGGCUAGAAAACACUACAGAAGCAGAAAUCUUGUAA